GAGAAAGGAAACAUCCACCCUGUUACAACUCUUCUCCGGCGUCCUCUACUGCACCACCCCUUCUCUUCCAGAACACUCAACCGCAUCCACUCGCUAACGUGAUCAGUCGGGUCGCUAUGGUCACCGCUAUGGCAGCCCCCCCGCCAGCCAACGGCGCCCCCGCGAAGCCAAAACAAAAGCUGAGCAAGAACCAGCUGCGACGCGAGAAGAAAAAGCUGAAGAAGCAACAAAAGGCUUCACGGGAAGGAAGUACGGUUACCGAUUCUGAGACUGAAUCUGUGAGCUUACUCUUCAGUCAUUCGAAAAGCGGUCUAUGGGAAGAAAAAAGAACAUCCCUGACAAGUCCCUGGUGUGGCGAUAGGAAUCGGAGAAAGCUCCAUCGAAACAACUUUCGCUGGUUCCCGAGAGUACGCCCGAGUUCAGCAUUGGUGAUUUAGAAAUAGACGAAAAUGAUCCUAACUACGCCGAGUAUAAAAGAAUUCUCGAGCGGUUUAAUGUCGAUGACGUGAGCACCCUUUAACUACCAGUAUGUCGCCCAAGCCCGCGGCUAACAAGGGAUCACAACCUAGGAUCAAGCAAAGGAAGAAGCAAAGGGAGAAGUAAUCUACAAUGACUAUGACAACGUCCCCGAUGAAGACGAUGAAAAGGAGGAGGAAGAGCAGAAACUGAGCAAGAAAGCACGAAAAGCUAGGGACAAGCUCAGUGUAGCAGAACUUAAGGUGCGUUGACAGCCUCUCCCCCCGUCUCUUUGAGAUGGAAAGAUCGCAUAGACUUCUUAAACCCCUCAAGUCAUAAGCCUCUAGUACGCACGUAAGGAAAUAUUAUUUCCCACUAUUUGCACGCAUGCGACUGUCGUAUUUCAGACUGGUUUGGCUAUCGACGCAUAUCGCAUGCUUGAGUGUCUGUGGGGUGUAUAUUUUGUUUCGUUUUGACUUUAUCUUUUAUGUCUGCUGACGCCAUCGUUUUCGAUGCAGGCACUUGUGAAGCGUCCAGAGACUGUCGAAUGGACUGACACCUCGGCCCAAGAUCCACGUCUACUUGUCCACCUAAAGUCUUACAGAAAUUGUGUCCCUGUUCCGAAUCAUUGGUCGCUCAAGCGCGAAUACCUCUCGUCUAAGCGCGGUAUGGAGAAGCCUCCCUUUGAGCUCCCAAAAUUCAUCAAGGAUACUGGAAUCAUGGAGAUGCGCGAUUCCGCAAAAGAGAAGGAAGAUGCCCAGUCUUUAAAAUCGAAGAUGAGAGAGCGAGUCCAGCCAAAAAUGGGCAAGCUUGAUAUAGAUUAUCAGAAGUUACACGACGCCUUCUUUCGGUUUCAAACAAAGCCCCAAUUAACCAUGUAUGGAGAGGUCUACUAUGAAGGGAAGGAAUACGAAACAAACCUAAAGGACAGGAGGCCAGGAGAGCUGAGUGAGGAGCUGAAAGAAGCGUUGAAUAUCCCUCCGGGUGCUCCACCGCCGUGGCUCAUUAAUAUGCAGCGGUUCGGCCCACCUCCCAGCUACCCAAGUCUCAAGAUUCCCGGAUUAAAUGCUCCUAUCCCUCCAGGAGCCCAGUGGGGAUUUCAUCCUGGUGGAUAUGGAAAGCCUCCUACCGACGAAUAUAACAGACCACUUUAUGGUGAUGUCUUUGGUGUUUUGCAAGCUCAGGCGCCGACGCAAACCGGCGAACCGGUAGAGAAGACUCUAUGGGGUGAGCUUGUACACGAAGAGGAGGAUGAGGAUGAGAGUGACGAGGAAGAAGAUGAGGACGAAGACCAAGAGGGCGAUGAUGAUAUCGCUGAAGGCCUUACUACACCUAGUGGGAUGGACACCCCCUCAGGAAUGGUUUCGAGUGUUCCUAGCGAGUUUGAGCCUGUCGAUGGUGGGUUUGAGCUUAGGAAGCGAAGAGAUGGCACAGAAACAGAGGAGGACUCCAUUCAGAGGAGUCUAUAUACUGUGCUGCCUGAACAGAGCAUCCGUGCUAAGGGUUUCUUUGGUGGAGAACGUGCUUACGAUAUUGGUAAACCUGGAAAUUAUACCAACUUGCCAGUGCUUGGUCAAGAAGAUCGAAAGGUAUGCACUUAUAUUCCUUCCAGCAGCAUGUCAAUUUCUAACCCAAUUCACAGAGGAAGAAGCCUGGCGAUAUUGAGGUCGCCCUUGAUCCCUCUGCACUAGAAUCAGAUGGUCUUUCGAGUGAGGCGGUCAAAAAGCAGUACGAAGCCGCACAGGAGGCUCAGAGAAGAGAACGGCAGGGCUUCCAAGAAGACCUGAGUGACAUGAUUGCGGCGGAAAGCCGGAAGAGACAAAAGCGUGAGGAGGAAAACGCUAAGAAAAAGAAAGAUAAGUACAGAUUUUAAAGGGCGCAACCCGACAGAUGGGAGGUCCUUCCUUCUUCUCAUUCUCGCAUCCAUAUUUUUCUCUUUCUUCUGUAGUUAUACGCGAUUCCGAAGUGGCAGCAUAAUUUAAUAUAGCUCGUUUCCAUCUUUG